AUGGAGAGCCCCGGCGGCAGCGGCUCCUUGCGGGGCGACAUCGGUUUCUGGGCGGACCGCACGCCGGUGCACGAGGCCGCGCGCCGCGGGGAGAUCGGGCGGCUGCAGCAGCUGAUCGAGAGCGGGGCCUGCGUCAACGCCGUCACCUACGACUCCAUCACGCCGCUGCACGAGGCCAGCCUGCGGGGCCAGGCCCAGUGCGUCAAACUGCUGCUGGACGCGGGGGCCCAGGUGGACGCGCGGAACAUCGAUGGCAGCACGCCGCUGUGCGACGCCUGCGCCUCGGGCAGCAUCGAGUGCGUGCGGGUGCUGCUGUCGCACGGCGCCAAGGUCAACCCGCCCCUGUACACGGCCUCGCCCCUGCACGAGGCCUGCAUGAACGGCAGCCCGGAGUGCGUGCAGCUCCUGAUCGAGGUGGGGGCCAACCUGGAGGCGCACGACUGCCACUUCGGCACCCCCCUGCACGUGGCCUGCGCCCGCCAGCACCUGGACUGCGCCAAGCUCCUGCUGCAGGCAGGUGCCAACGUGAACGCGGCCAAGCUGCACGAGACGGCGCUGCACCACGCGGCCAAGGUCAGGAACGUGGACCUGGUGCAGCUGCUGGUGGAGUUUGGGGGCAACAUCUACGCCCGGGACAACCGGGGCAAGAAACCCUCGGACUACACCUGGAGCAGCAGCCCCACGGCCAAGUGCUUCGAGUUCUACGAGAGGACGCCGCUGAGCCUGGCGCAGCUGUGCCGGCUCUCGGUGCGCAGGGCCGCGGGCCGCCGGGGCCUGCAGGGCAUCGGCCGCCUCCAGAUCCCGCCCCGCCUCAUCCGCUACCUCUGCUACAACUGACACCGCCGGGGGAG